ACCCCUUUCCAGUGUCUUGCCAUCUUCUGCCUUAUACACAUCCUAUAUCAUCAGGCCUGGGAGGUGUGUGCCUAAGGAAAAGGAUGUUUCAAUUCAGAGGAAGUCUCUACACAACAGUGGUACUUCCAGGAUGGUGACUGUCAGCUUGAGUGAGGCACAAUCCUUGAGGCACCAAAGACUUGUUAUUCACCUGGCGGCCAGAUCUUGCCUCUCUGUGGAGAAUGCAGCUUCAAGGACCUGUCUUUGUAGGUGUCCCCCUCCUGGGACCCAUCCUGAUUUGUAUGACCACUCAUCAGCUGUCCAGUCGGUGUGAGGAUGAGAGGAAGUUACCUUGGUGCCCACCUCACAAGGUCAUAUUGCUUGUGUGGGUGACCAUCUACUCUGUCAUGGGGUAUGCCUCCUACCUGGUGUGGAAAGACCUCGGAGGGGGCUUCCAGUGCCACCUAGCACUGCCCCUUGGCCUCUACUCCUUCCAGUUGGCCCUCAGUUGGACCUUCUUGAUCCUCUUCUUGGCAGUCGACAGCCCUGGGCUGGCCCUUCUGGACCUCUUACUGCUCUAUGGACUGGUGGCAAGCCUGGUGUUCAUCUGGCAGCCAAUCAACAAGCUGGCUGCUCUGCUCCUGCUGCCCUACCUGGCCUGGCUCACUGUGACCACCGCCAUCACCUACCGCCUGUGGAAGGACAGCUUGUGUCCAGCGGACCAGCCUUAGCCAUCCAAGGAGAGCAACUGAGUGAGGCACUGGGAUGCAGGAGGGAGGACUGCAAGAAGCUGGAGUGGCUGUGGAGCUAGGGACACUUGAUGUGGCCGCUCUCCUGGAUCUUCCUGUUGCCCUUUCUCCUUAGACCUCAUAGACAUACAAAAGAAAGGGUACUUUCUGACAUGUAAUAAAAUUAUGCUGUCGACCUAGA